AGCUUACAACCUCUGAUCAGCGUGCAGGUGAAAGGCAUUAUUUUUGUUGACUUGACUUUGUGAGAGGGGCGCGCGCGCGUUUCAUUCUUCAUCGUCAUUGUUGGAUGCAACUUUCAAUCCCACUUCCAAUCCCCCCUGGUUCACACUACACUUUGCGCCAUCUGCCAGUUCCUGGGAGUGCUCGACCAGUAAAGCGCGACAGCACGAUUGCGUGCAGCGAUGACGACUUGAACCUCGAACCGACAACCGAUUCCAGCAAGCCUUUGAUUUGAUGCUUCUUUGAUCAAGGGUCGCCUAAGAGAAAAGAAACGUGGGACAGCAUCCGAGGAACGUGGGGGUGUUUUAAUUUUUUAUUGUUUUUUUCCCGGCCCCCGGUUGUACGCGAAUCGACUGGACAGGAAUUGUCGCAACUUCGGCCAUCAACGAAAAACUCGGCUGUUGAAGGUAAUAGCAACCUCGGGAAAAAGCAUCAUUGUUAUAGCUUGAGCAGACCACAAUCUGAAAGAUCAUACAUUGAUCAAAUCACGCCAUCGUCCAAAACAGCUAUAUCAUUGCGACAAGACCAAUUGGUUAAUUUUGCGAAUUUCGAAUUUCAUAUUAAUCAUUCGCGGGGUCAUCCGAACGGAACCUCCCGGAGGCUAAGGCCGUGCACGGAGCCCCGAUCUCGGAAACCAUCGGCCCCGGAUCAUAUCGGGCCGCCCAUCAUGGGAUUGCUUGCGCUUGGAACGGCUCUGGAGUGGCCAGAAGCCAAAAAGCAUGCUCAUCAAGUGCGCGAAUGGGGUAUCAAGCAACUUUUGGAAAUAUGGAACAAGGCAAAGCACAAGGAGCGAGAUGCUUUGCUCUGGGGUGAUGAGGUUGAAUACCUCGUCGUGGUCUUUGACCAAGAUGACCCAAACGUAAAGCUGUCAUUGAGACAAGCCGAGAUCCUUGAAGCCUUGGCCGCAUCUCCAGACUUGUCGGCUAAGGGAGGUUGUGUUCCUGCUCUCCAGGACACGAGUGCCACUGAAGAGAGCGAGGAGCCUUUACCAGUGUUCCACCCCGAAUUCGGGAGAUUCAUGCUCGAGGCUACUCCUGGAAAGCCCUGGGGCAUCGGCUUCAAGGAGCUCCUGGAUGUAGAGCCUAACAUGAAGCUGAGGCGGACUAUUGCGAAGCAGCACAUGCGGGCCGAUGAAUACCCCAUUACGCUCACCACAUACCCUCGCAUCGGAUGCCCCGAGAAGUUUACUGACCCAUACUAUCCGCCAUCCGGUCCCAAGCUGCGGUCCCAGUUCGUGCCGGACGAGAUAGCGAACCCGCACAUUCGCUUCCCGACCCUCGCGGCAAACAUCAGGUCACGCCGCGGUCGGAAGGUGCAGGUCAACGUUCCCGUCUUCCGUGAUGAGAAGACUCCGUGGCCGUGGACUGACCCAACGGUCAACCGCGAUAUGCACAACUGGCCAGAGGAUGAGGACGUGCGGAGCGGCGGUGCCGCUCCGGAUAACUUCAUUCACAUGGACGCCAUGGCAUUCGGCAUGGGCAGCUGCUGCCUGCAAAUCACUUUUCAGGCCAAGAACAUCAUCGAGGGCAGGACCAUGUACGACCAGCUGAGUCCGCUGGGCCCUAUACUUCUGGCCCUGACGGCCGCCACACCUAUCUACAAGGGAUUUUUGGCCGACACGGAUGUGCGCUGGAAUCAAAUCAGCCGCGCCGUCGAUUGCCGUACCAAGGAGGAGAUGGGCGAGGAGCCCCUGAAGAACGACAGAUGGAGGAUACCCAAGUCCCGCUAUGCAUCCAACUCAACCUACAUCUCAACGGACCACCGCCUCCGUCCAGAAUACAUGGACCCCAACCUCGUCAUCGACGAGGAUAUCAAGGCGAAGCUCGUCGAGGGGGGAAUGGACGAUCUCCUGGCGACGCAUUUUGCCCACCUCUUCAUCCGCGACCCAAUCGUCAUCUUCGCCGAGGACCUCGAGCGGUUGGACCUCGAAAAGACGGACCACUUUGAGAACCUCCAGUCGACCAACUGGCAGCACAUGCGCUUCAAGCCGCCGCCCGCCGACAACAACAUCGGCUGGCGGGUAGAGUUCCGCCCCAUGGAGAUCCAGGUGACCGACUUUGAGAACGCUGCCUUCUCCGUCUUCAUCGUCCUCGUCACCCGCGCCAUCCUUUCCUUCAACCUCAACUUUUACAUCCCCAUCCAGCGCGUCGACGAGAACAUGGAGACGGCCCACGCCCGCGACGCCGUCCUGGAGAAGAAGUUCUGGUUCAGGAGGAACCUGUUCCCGACCCGCAGCCCCCGUGGCGGCGGUAGCGCCUCGGGCACCGCCACGCCCUUCAGCCGCAGCCCGACGCCCGUCGGCCCCGUGGACGACGAAUACCGCCUCAUGACCAUCAACGAGAUCAUCAACGGCACGACUGCCGCGGCGGGCAGCACCCACGAUGACCACGACGACGCCAACGACGACGACCACUUCCCCGGCCUGAUCCCCAUCGUCGAGAGCUACCUGGACUCGGUCAACGUCGACGUCGAGACGCGUUGCCACCUGGCCACCUACCUUGACCUCAUCCGCCGCCGCGCCUCGGGCGAGCUGUCCACCGCCGCCCGCUGGAUCAGGGACUUUGUCGCCGCCCACCCCAAGUACGAAAAGGACAGCGUCGUUGGGCCAGAAAUCAACCACGACCUUGUCAAGGCCAUCAUCGCCAUCGGCGAGAAGGAGUGCGCUGGCAAGGGGUUCAAGGGCAUCGACGUCUUUGGGUUCGAAAAGCUGCUCGGCAACUUCAGGGGCGGCUGCGGUGGCCCGCAGUCGUCAUAGCGUGGAGCAUUUUACUACGGCGAGGGCAGCAGCGUCUUGCUGACGCCAUCAAGAGAACAACACAUCACAUGGGGCGGUUUAUACGUAUAAUCUGACAGGACAAGUGGGCUAGUAUGUAAAAACGGGGUGGGGGCUAUAGAGGACGUGUCGGUGCACAUCUGUCAUGACGUGAAAACCAUAGGCAGUCUCAGGAACAAACCAGAAUACAGCGAUUUAGUUCAUCUGGAAAAGUCAUCUGUCUUUUCCGAAUCCUAUUCAACUACAUUCCAGAAGGAUAGACAAUCUUGUGAUACUUUACUCCAUCAAGGUCCUU